AUCCACUGUGAAAUGGAGUUCCAAAAUCACAAGCUUCUUUCACACAUGAACACAAGUCUAGGAGCACAUAUGAAAGAGUAAAGUUGAAGGGAAUUUGGAUGAUGGUUUGGCAAGAUGCUGUAAGUGGAUUAGGUAAGGCUGCUAAAGAGAUACAGGAAAUGGCUGUGUUUGUGCUUCGGACCGACCUCCGUUAGAAGUAGUAGUUCAUGGUGUUGAAGGUUUGUUGUUGAAAAUACCUUCCUGAGGCACCUCUUCAUUGUGCUUAUUCUUCCCACAACAUUGUGCCAAGACGCUGUCAAGCCAGAGGGCCACUGGGCCUUUCUUAUCCUGCUGUAAUGUAUUGAUAGCUGGGGGCUCUGCAGAAGGACAAGAGAAAGGUGGGAUAGUAACAUCUUUUUGAGGGAAGAAUUGGCUUCCUUUCUUGAAAGUGGUGAAGGUACAGCAUAUAGUUGCAUGGAAGGAACAGUAAUCAGAUGGCUACCUUCUACCUUUUGUGUUAGGAAACAAAGUCCAUUGUAAGAGUCCAUGUUGAUCUUGGAAAUAGAAGGAUUGAAAAAAGCUAAAUUUCCACAAAGAACAAGAACUUGACCAUCUCCUUUUUGAUCUGAAGACUAGGGGACAAUGGAUAUCAUAGAGACAGCAAAACUUGAAGAACAUUUGGAAAAUCAACCCAGUGAUCCUACAAACACUUACACAAGACCCACUGAACCUGUUGAAGAAGAAAACAAAAAUGGCAACGGUAAACCCAAGAGCUUAUCCAGUGGGCUGCGAAAAGGCACCAAAAAGUACCCGGACUAUAUCCAAAUUGCUAUGCCCACUGAAUCAAGGAACAAAUUUCCACUAGAGUGGUGGAAAACGGGCAUUGCCUUCAUAUAUGCGGUUUUCAACCUCGUCUUGACAACCGUCAUGAUCACAGUUGUACAUGAGAGGGUCCCUCCCAAGGAGCUUAGCCCUCCACUCCCAGACAAGUUUUUUGAUUACAUUGAUAGGGUGAAAUGGGCAUUUUCUGUAUCAGAAAUAAAUGGGAUUAUAUUAGUUGGAUUAUGGAUCACCCAGUGGCUGUUUCUGAGAUACAAGUCAAUAGUGGGACGCAGAUUCUGUUUUAUUAUUGGAACUUUAUACCUGUAUCGCUGCAUUACAAUGUAUGUUACUACUCUACCUGUGCCUGGAAUGCAUUUCCAGUGUGCUCCAAAGCUUAAUGGAGACUCUCAGGCAAAAGUACAACGGAUUCUACGAUUGAUUUCUGGUGGUGGAUUGUCCAUAACUGGAUCACAUAUCUUGUGUGGAGACUUCCUCUUCAGCGGUCACACGGUUACGCUGACACUGACUUAUUUGUUCAUCAAAGAAUAUUCGCCUCGUCACUUCUGGUGGUAUCAUUUAAUCUGCUGGCUGCUGAGUGCUGCCGGGAUCAUCUGCAUUCUUGUAGCACAUGAACACUACACUGUCGAUGUGAUCAUUGCUUAUUAUAUCACAACACGACUGUUUUGGUGGUACCAUUCAAUGGCCAAUGAAAAGAACUUGAAGGUCUCUUCACAGACUAAUUUCUUAUCUCGAGCAUGGUGGUUCCCCAUCUUUUAUUUUUUUGAGAAAAAUGUACAAGGCUCAAUUCCUUGCUGCUUCUCCUGGCCGCUGUCUUGGCCUCCUGGCUGCUUCAAAUCAUCAUGCAAAAAGUAUUCACGGGUUCAGAAGAUUGGUGAAGACAAUGAGAAAUCGACCUGAGGAGCAAAACAAAGGCAUCAGCUCUUACACCAAAAGAGUUAACGCUGUAACCAAAGGUAUAGUUUUGUUUUUUAUUUUAGGAGAACUGACUGGUAAAUGAAGAAAUGGACCAAAUUUUGUGUAAAUGAAUAGAAAGAUGAACAAAGUAUUACCCUUUGACUGCUUUUCUUCUUCAUCCCGAGAAAGAUACAUUCUCUUGCAGCUCUUCAUUCAUUGGUGACAAGCCCCCACCCUGGGACUUUACUAAUGAGCUUGUUAAAGAGGUGCCAAAGAACAUAUUCCUCCUUUCUUUAUUCUUUCUCCACCAAAACCCUCUACUUCAGAAUUUUUUCAGGAUAUUUUUCCUCCCAAGGUCAGAAGAAUGUGUUAAUAUUUUAAAUAAAAUAUCUGGACAUCUACAGCCACUGUGUAAAUAGAACAGCCUAAUGUUGAGAGUGGUUUCUAGCAUUAGGUUUAGCAAGGGGAAGAUCCACGGGUUGUGCGUCAGCUUUGGGUGAAUUUUGUUUCUACCCUGUCACGUGGAAAGUUAGGGUUGAGUCCAGGAGUGCACGCUGCUGCUGCCACCCAAUGCGCUAUGUAUCACUUUUAAUUUGUUUUGUUUUGUUUUGUUUUGUUUUUAAAAGAUCAUUUUAUCUUAAAAAGGAAAGCUGAUCCAAGUAAACAUGAAAGUAUUUGACACACCCCACAGAUUUUACAUGUGUGUAAACGUUUCACUUUAAAAUCUCUAUGACAGACACACAGGAAACAUGAGGUGGUUUCUGUUAAUGAGUGGCCCUUGAAUACACACUUAGAUGCUGUCUGCCCUGUAAAUUUGGAUCUGGUGCCCCAGGGCAGUCAACUCUUCUAGCAUAGGCUGAAAACACAUGUGUGUCAACUGAGGCUCACGCCACUUGGGGGAUGAGCCUGUUUCCCUUCCAGGCCAGGCCCUGGUGUGAGAUCAAUUUUAGGGCUCCUAAUUGGAGCACAGAAAUAUAUUUGGUCAAAUUUCAUUGAAGGUGAUUUCUUCCUUUUUAUAUUGUACUUUAUGGAAAAACCAAGAUGGAACCUGAAAGUUAAUGUAUCCUUGCUAAAAAUGUGUCCUUGCUUUUAGCAAGAGACUCAGCUUCUCAUAACUAGUCCUAAGGACAUAUGCCACAAUUGAGUAAUUUUACUUCUACCCUGUGAAAAUAACAUGGUGCUGCACUAUAAUAUACUCUCAGAAUCAGUGUGUUAGUUACAGCUACACAGUGAAGGGGGAUAACUGUUUCUAAAUUUCUUUAAGGUGAUGCCAAAAAAAUGGAUUAAAAAAAUCUGAUCAGAUUUAAUGUUAUCAGAUUUAGUGCAUUAUUUAAUGCUAUUGAAUCUUUUGGAUAAUUCUUGGCUUAAUUUCUUAACUACUUUUGAAGGUUGAUUUGCAAGACUUUUAGAAACCUUAGAAAAGUUUUAAGGUUGCAAAGUUAUCAACACUAGGGCAGAGGGUGGAGAGGCCAAUGCGGGUAGAAGGAGGCAGUUAUGUUUAUAUUGAAGGUGAAAUUUGUCUUUCAUUUGGAAUGGAAAACAUUCCCAAAUUUAUCAUUAUAAACUAGUCAGCCUUGACUGCACAAAAUUGACCUUUAAAUUGCUUGAGAAAAGCACAAUGCAAAUCGUUCAGAAGGGUCAACAUUCUUCGGUGCUAAAAUCUUGUGUAUGUUUUCAGAAUGGCUUUUUCUGUGUGUCAUAGAAUAAUCACUAAAGGAAAGGUAGUUGAAUUUAAUGUCAUGAAGCAAGACUCUUUAAUUCAGUUAUUUUAAACAAGAAUUAAAACCCCAAACAUUCUUGGCAGGCUUUGAAGCACACUGAAUUUUCCAGUAUUUCUUAUUAAAUACACCAAUAAUAAACAUAUGCCUAGUUUAGACAUAAUUCUAUAUAAUGUUCACUUAUAUUCAUUUAUUAAAUAGCAAAACUUGUGCAAGAACAAGGUGUUCUACUUGAAAACACUGAUUUUUAAGUUCCUGUUGCCUGAUUAUAAAGAAAAUAAUCUGACACAGAAGCCUGGAUUUUACUCUCCUAACACUGGUGUUUUCCUUGAGCCUCUAAUUCAAAUAAGACAAAUCGAUACACCUUACAACCUUA